AUGCGAGUCCACGUUCAAUUGUUCCUUGCAGCAGUUGCAAUCACGCAUACUAUCAAAGCCGAGCCAACAACUUUCGUCGGUGUGAGCAAGAAUAAUUCAUCUACCGAGUCAAGCUCUACUGCGGCUAAGACGACAACUUUCGCCACUGGGAGUCCGACUAAACCCUCUGAAGAGUCAAUUAAUACUGCGGGUAGAGACGACGGCGAAAGGAUGUUCGAGAGGUUGAGCGAAAUGGUCGAAAAAGCAAAGGAUGCAGUACGUUCCAAGCUAGGCAAUGUCGUUGCGAAAACCGACAUUGUACAACCUGAGGGGUAUGAGACGUUUUCGGAAGUGGCCACAAAGCAUCAAAAAGAUUCAGUCUCAGCGUUUGCUGAAUUAAAGAAAAAAUUUGACUUGGCGCGCCUAAUAGUAGCUGCGAAGAAGGGCUCAACGCCUAAUGAUGCUGUUUUGGAAUUGGAGAAAGCACAAAUGGAGUAUUGGCUGAACAAUAAGAUAUCUAGUCAUGAUGCAUUCGGGCUGCUGAAACUGAACAAGGCUGAAGAUGGCCUUGCUAGUCCUCUCUUUUCUUAUUGGAUCACAUACGUGAAAAGGUUCAACAAGGGUAAUGCUGGGGAAAGUAAGAUUGUCUUCGACAUUUUGAUGUCCGAGUUUGGCGAUGUAGCCUUGGCGCGCCUAAUAGUAGCUGCGAAGAAGGGUUCAACACCUAACAUUGCUGUUUUGAGAUUGGAGAAGGCACAAAUGAAGUAUUGGCUGAAGGAGAAGAUGAUAUCGGCUUAUGAUGUGUUCGUGCUGCUGAAACUGAACAAGGCUGACGAAAACCUGCUUACUAAUCCUCUCUUUCCUUAUUGGAGUAGAUACGUGAAAAGGUUCAACAAGGAUAACGCUGGAGUAAGAAAGAGUGUCCUCUACAUUUUGAUGCUCAAGUACGGCAAUGAAGACUUAGCGCGCCUAAUAGUAGCUGCGAAGAAGGGUUCAACACCUAAUAUUGAUGUUUUGGGACUGGAGAAAGCACAAAUGGAUUAUUGGCUGAACAAUAAGAUAUCGGCUUAUGAUGUGUUCGUGCUGCUGAAACUGAACAAGGCUGACGAUAACCUGCUUACUCAUCCUCUCUUUCCUUAUUGGAGUACAUACGUGAAAAGGGUUAGUGCGAAAUACCAUCAGAAAAAGUUGAGUGUCGUCGACAUUUUGACGCCUAAGUAUUACAGUGAUGUAGACUUGGCGCGCCUAAUAGUAGCUGCGAAGAAGGGCUCAACGCCUAAUGAUGCUGUUUUGGAAUUGGAGAAAGCACAAAUGGAGUAUUGGCUGAACAAUAAGAUAUCUAGUCAUGAUGCAUUCGGGCUGCUGAAACUGAACAAGGCUGAAGAUGGCCUUGCUAGUCCUCUCUUUUCUUAUUGGAUUACAUACGUGAAAAGGUUCAACAAGGGUAAUGCUGGGGAAAGUAAGAUUGUCUUCGACGUUUUGAUGUCCGAGUUUGGCGAUGUAGCCUUGGCGCGCCUAAUAGUCAAUGCGAAGAAGAACAAGGAGAACGAAGAGAUUAACAAAAAUGCUGUAGCAUUGGGGGAAGAGCAACUCAAGUAUUGGCUGAGAAAGGGUGAAUCUAUUGAUGAAGUGUUCGAGAUGCUGAGACUACAUACAGUUGAGGAUAGCGUGCUUACUAAUCCAGUCUUUAAUCAAUGGUACUCCUACUUUGAGAUGGUCAAUAAGAAACAUGGCAACAAGGAAUCGGUCAUCGACUUCUUGAGCAGUAAGAAGGGAACGAGCUUUGAGGAUUUUAUGAAGGACGAGCUGGAAAAGGCAAACCUUGGAACAAAAAGCAGAGUUGAUGAACUGUUCGUGGAUCUGAGACUGGAAAGAGUUGGUGACGGCCUGUUUACUGAUCCACUCUUUAUAUUUUGGCGUGCCUGCUUGGAGAAGUUCAAUGGGGCACAUCCCAAAAAGUCCCGAACAAGUGUUAUCCAGUCGUUGCGAACCGUUUACGGUGACAAAGGAUUAGCCGACCUAAUUCGUGCUGAAGAAAAGGUCACAAAAUCAUCAGAAUACGCUAGUCGUUUGGAGAACGAUCUAUGUGCGACCUGGCUGUCAGAUGGAAAGUCAUUAGAUGACGUGUUUAAGUUUCUUGAUCUCAACCGUGCAGACUAUAAGUUGUUGGAAAACCCUUCGAUGAAGACAUUUGCUAAGAUCACGCAAUUUUUUGUCAGUAUGGACAGCAAAGAACUUCCAAUGACGAAGGAGGCGAGCUUCGAGGAGCACGAGAUUCUUCGAGGUAUAAAAAUUGCAUCGGGUACAGGAGGGCUGCGAACUACGACAUUGGAAAAGGCUCUCUUUCGACUGUGGUUUACUCAAAAGAAACAUCCAGAAGAGGUCUACAAGAUGUACUUUGGUCAAGACAAAUUGAGUGGAAUUCUGAAAGACGAGGGCAAUCUGUUUGAAAUCCCUCUUUUCAUCACUUUCGUCAAGUACUCGGAGGGUUAUUCCAGAACCAGAAGUCUUGCAAUCGAUGACGAUGUAAAUGAGGUUGUAAGAAACCCUGAAAAUAAAAAAUGGGGGACUGACCCAACAAAUCAGGUAAAUUUCGUCGUUCGUGAGUUCAAGAUGCCAUUAGUGAUAGAAAAAGAGUUCAAAGACAAAAUGGACAAAUUGGGCGAAAUGAUUAUGUCGGUGAAAGAGUCAUCGAGCAACUCCGUCAAAGCGUCAUCAAGUAAGCCCAUGAAAGAGUCAUCGAGUAAUUCUGCGCUGUUUGCUGUUAAACAAGUGGAGGAUGCUUUGUUUAUUUGGUGGAACCAAAGGGUAACACCAGAUUUAGUUUUCAAGAAAUUGCAGCUGAAUACCAAGAUGGCGCCUGCAGAGCUGUUCGAAAACCCUUCGUUUCGUUGGUGGAUUGAUUAUAUGGAUAGUUUCUUCACACAAGCUAAGCGUACUGAGGAAACAGGGAAAACCUUGAUGGAAGUAUUUGAGCCUUCAACUAAUCUUGUUUGGCUUAGAAAUGCGCGAGAAGAAAAAACUACGAAAGAACUAGCUGACAGGGUGUGGACCAAUUUGUUAAAGGAACAUUUACAAGCGAAUACAAGCCCAGAAAAAGUCAAGAAAAACCUGAUGAUACCGCCGAUAGCAAAUGACGACGAGGUUGAUCUUCAACGAUACAGUAAAGCUUUGCAUAGAAGGAAAACAGAACGCUGA